AUGGAAAUUCUGUCACAGCAGGUUUCUGAAAGCCAAUACAUUGGUCGUGAUAAACUGUCUACCAUUUUCAGUGGUUGGCAGCCUAUAAUAGAUGCAGAGAAUCCCCAUGUCCAAGGGCUAGGGCAUUCUGCUGUCAAGGAGCACAACAAGAAGACUGGGCAACAACUAGUGUUCAAGCAUGUGGUCAUGGGUUGGACCCAAGUCGUCAGUGGAGUUAACUAUCGGCUCAUUAUCAAGGCAGAGCAUGGCUGCUUUCCAAAUUUAUAUGAUGCCAUAGUGUAUGAGCAGCCUUGGCAAGGGUUCAGGGAGCUCAAAUCCUUCAAACCACUCUUUAGGGAAGAAUGUAAUAAGCCCUCAGUUGGUGGUUGGCAACCCAUCAAAGAUGUUACCAACCCUCAUGUCCAGGAGCUUGGACAAUUUGCUGUCACUGAGCACAAUGGUCAGAGUGGGAAACACGUUGUGUUCAAGUGUGUUGUCAUUGGUUGGACGCAAGUCGUCACCGGAGUUAACUAUUGCCUCAUUAUCUUCGCAAAGGAUGGAUGUGAGCUGCAGCUAUACGAUGCCAUCGUGUGGGAGAAGCCAUGGGAGGGGUUCAGGCAGCUCAUUUCCUUCAAACCAGUUGUUUGAUAGUCUACUGUUUUGUGUUAUAAAUAAGAGAGCCAUAGGUUGAGGUUCACUCUGGGCACCUCUAGUCCUUUGAGACUAUGCAUGCAUGCCUUGUACUAACUAGUAGUUAAGGCAACAACAUAUGUUGCGUAAUAAAUAAGUAAAUAAAUAAAUAGAUAAAUAUUUGGGUAUCAGUUGAAUUCCUGUACGGUAAGGCCUCUAUUUUCUCUUCCAAGCUUUUCUUACUAACAAAAAUCAGCAAUGAAGAUUUGCAUGGGGUGUCUUUCUUUUUUUUGUUGACAGAGAACUUAUUAUCAAUGAAAAGGAAUUUACAACACCA